AUGCCUGCCUUCUCAGCCUUUGGUGCAGCCGGUUCGGCGCAAAAGCACAUCGACCUGCGUUCGGACAAUGCCUACAUUCAACAUGCCUUCGAUCUCACCAACGCGGUACUGGAGCGAACGGGGCUGGUGCUCCCUCUGAUCGCCCUCACGCUGGCCUUCCUGUCCAUCAAGUACCACAACCGUGUCAUCUUUUCCAAACCGCCAAGGAAGGAGCUCUACUGUCCUCCUGCCCAUCCGCUCAUCGGCCACACCUUGGAGGCCAUGAGGCGCAACGACCACAGCAUCCUCGACUGGUUCCUCGAGACGGGUCGCGAGAACCCCAUCGGAUUCAGCCUCUCCAUUGCCGGCACCGGCACGGGUCAGAUGCACGUUGUACACAGGCCCGAGUACAUCGAGUACGUCCAAAAGACCAACUUUGAAAACUUCGAAAAGGGCCUCGAGUUCAAGAAGCGCUUCCUCGACCUGCUCGGUCAGAACGGCAUCUUCAACUCGGACGGUCAUGUGUGGAAGGCGCAGCGCAAGAUGGCAUCCCACAUCUUCUCCGUCUACCAGUUCCGCACCUGGGUCCAGACGGUCGUCCAUCGCGAGCUCGACAGUGUCACCAGCAUCCUCGACGCUCUGACCGAGGGCAAGUCGGCCGACAACCCGGCCACCUUGCUGCUGCCCGACCUCUUCUUCCGAUAUACGCUCUCGUCGUUUGGCAAGAUGGCCUUCGGCUCGGACAUCGACUGCCUCAGUGCCGACCCGAGCUGCCUGCACCAGGAGGUCGAGUUUUCCACCGCGUUCGACUUUGUCCAGAUGGUCAUCGACAAGCGAUUCCGUCUGCCUUUCUGGCAGAUCAUCGAGCGCUUUUCGUCCGAAGGCAGGAAGGCCGCCAAGAUGGUCAAGAAGAUCAACGAUUUUUCCGUCACCAUCAUCGAGGAGCGUCUGCGCGAGCGGGCCGCGGGAAUCCAAAAGGAGAAGAAGUCCUCAGACGGUAAGGAGGGCAAGGAUCUGCUCGAUUUAUUCAUGGACGUCACCACGGAUCGCGACGACCUCAUCUCUGUGGUGCUCAACUUCAUCAUUGCCGGUCGCGACACCACCGCCCAGGGCCUCUCGUGGCUCUUCUACGAGCUCAUGAAGCAGCCCGAGUACGUGGAUGAGAUCCGCAAGGAGGUGCGCGAGGUGCUCGGCGAGGCGGACGGAAGCAUCCGCAAGCUCGACUAUGACACGGCCAAGGACCUCGUCUUCACCCAGGCGUGCUUCAACGAAGCCAUCCGUCUGCACCCGCCGGUUCCCAAGAACGGCAAGCGUGCGAUCAAGGACGACGUGAUCAUCCCACAGGGGCCGACGGCCGCUGGCCUUCCGCCGAUCAAGAUCUACGCCGGCGAGCUGCUCUCGUGGUCCGACUGGGCCAUCGCGAGGAACCCGGAUGUGUGGGGUCCCGAUUGCUGCGAGUUCAACCCGUACCGAUUCAUCGAAACGAGCAAGGCGGCCGACGGCACCGAGACGCGUAGUCUCAAGAACUACGGCCAGUGGAAGUUCCACGUCUUCAACGGAGGCCCGCGCCUGUGCCUCGGCAUGACGCUCGCCAACUACGAGGCGCUCAGCAUGGUCGCCGCCGUCAUCGACCGAUACCACUUUGGCUGGGGCACCAAAGCGCAGGGACAGCAGGCGGACUGGCCGCUCCGGUAUCUGACCUCGGUCACGCACCCGUGCCAGAUGUAUACGGCCACCGUGGUACGACGCGAGGAGGCAGUGUAG